AUGGAGCCUGAAGCCAGAAGAGGAGAGAGGCCUACUUAUAGAAAGCCAUAUCCGGCUGAUAUCAAUCAGAUACCUCUAUCACCAGGCUUUAAGGUGCCAAACUUCACCUUGUUCAACGGAGAUGAUCCCCAUGCUUCAUCAGUUAAGCAUAUAGGCAGGUUCUCUGUCCAGUGCAUAGCCAUAGAAAACAACCCUCUAUUAAAGCUAAGGCUUUUCAGGAAUUCUCUCUCUGGACAAGCUUUCACCUGGAUUCAGCCAGAAGUCAUUAUCAGUGACCUUGCUGCCCUCAAGCAGAGUGAAGAAGAACUUGCUCAAGACUUCAUAACCUGGUUCAGAAAGCUCAAAAUGAAGUGCCGGAUUCCUAUGGAAGAAAGACACUUCAUCCAGAUGGCUCAAGCCGCCCUCAAAAUAUCUUUGAGAAAAAGAUUUGAUGGGAUGCUGUUUGGAGAUCUGGCAGAACUGGCAGAUAAAGCAUCCAAGUAA